CUUUGCAGGGAUGAACUUGUAGUACAUCCGUCAUGGAUUUUAGACAGCAUCAAAGCUCGUGUUCUGCUCCCUGCUACACAGUACCUUCUUUAUCAGUCAAGAAAAGCUGCACAGAAAGUUCUAAAUUUCGCUUCUAAUUCCAAAUCAACUUCUACAUGUACAAUAACUAAACCUUCCCCAAUGGGAGUCCCCUCAGUAACAACGUCACCUAGUUUGGGAUUGCCCUUAGGGGAUAUAUCUUCUGUACAUUUGUCAUCAAUACCUCCCCCCACGGGAGAACCGUCAAUGGAAUCGCGUGAUGAAGUCAGUGCAGACAUUGAAGACUGUGAAACAGAAAAAAAUGUGAGAGAUCGAGAUGAGACAGGAAGAAAUAAAGACUUAGUCAGUACCACAAAUAAUAUGCCACAUGAGAAGGCUGUAAAAGCCAAUAAAGAUGAAAAUACUGGACACAUUGGAGGAGAUUUAAACCUUGAAGCACCAAGUCUUACUUUACAAGAAAUUACCAGUGUAGAUGGAAAGACAGCAACGAAGGCUUCUGACAGUGCAGUAUUCAAAAAGCCAAGCACAAGUGGCUUGCCCCGAGCUGGCGAUGCAAACUUUGUGUCAGAAUUCUACAACAAUUCCAGAUUGCAUUAUUUAUCAACCUGGGGAGCAGAAUUCAAGAAGUACACAAGUGAAAUCAUCAAAUCUUCCGCAGGCAAUGGUUGGAAGGGUAGAGGAGCAGGUCGGGUUGGACCUCAUGGCCGGGUGAUUAUGCAUAUAGAUAUGGACUCAUUCUUCGUUUCUGUGACAUUGCGUGAUCAACCACAUCUCAGGGGAAAGCCGAUUGCUGUGUGUCACGCAGGGAAAGGCAAUUCAACUGACCAAGGUGGGUGUAGAGUAUUAUCUAAUGAAAAGAGUCCCCCACCCCCCUAGGGUUUGGGAUUGAAAUGUUACAUUUGGUGAACCUUACAUUAGACUAAACCUAAACCACUCCCCUGGCCACCACAGGCAGACCACCCUCUGUUUGUGUGGCCGUUAUUGCAAUCUGAGCAACGGUCUGUUAUGCUCAAUAGAAAAAAUACAGAUGGACAUUAUGGCGGAUUCAGUGCACUCCAAAGUACAGAUUUAAAUCUAAAUGUUCUUGAAAGCAAAGGUCAAGUAAAAUGCUAACUUAGUCAUCUGUCAUGUUUUUUCACCGUCACGAGCUGUUUAAAGCAUUAUUUUGUGAGAUGAUUAAUUAUUUGACCGGUAGCUUAGAGUGGUUUGCCUGUGCCGCUACUCUCUUUCACGGAGUUACGAGGGUCGUGUUUUAUACUUUUUCCAACUGUUCGCAACCACUACAACAAUAAGAUAAAUCCCCUAAGAAUAAUUAUUUAUUACUGCUAUCACUAUACUUCUCCGUCACACAGUGUCCCCCAGCUGUGUGUUGCUGAUAAAUUCUACUUCAUGAAGAGUAAAACGAAUGUCUUGUCUAUUGUUGGUGCUGCAAAAGCUUGACGGAUCCUUUGCCCUUGUUUAGCCCAAUUGUCUAAACAAGCCUCAUUUGCCCAAAAAACUCACUGGUCAAGGGCACCUUAGAGGGUGGGGGGGGGAGUUAUCUCUUGUAAAGGAUGGUUUUCACUAGCGACAGAGUCGGAGUCGGAGUCGGAGUUGGAGUCGUAAGUGGAGUCGUAAGAGCGCUUUUGACCUAGUGAAAAUCAAAAACCGGAAUCGUAAGCGGAGUCAUAAGCGCGACGGAAUCGGAGUCAGAAGAUUCAGGACGUUUCUGUUUUCUUACGACUCCUUCGCUUACGUUCCGCUUAUGUUCUAGUGAAAACAAGAUUGUUGGAGUCAGAAGCAGAGGCGGAAGGAUAAACCAAUCACAAUGCACGUUCCCACGCUUUGUGAUUGGUCUAGUUCUUCCGCUUCUGCUUGCGACACCGACGACCCAGUUUUCACUAGAUUGUGAAGUUCUACGCUUCUGACUACGACUCCGACUCCAUCGCUAGUGAAAACCAGCCUUUUUUGCCCGCCUUUGGCCUAAUCGUCCUAAUGCUUAAGACAAUACCCUCUCGCAAGACAAGAUUUAUUACUGAUUAUAAUUAUUUUUCCCAGCAUCUGCAAAUAACCCUUACACGUCACCGAAGACGUCAUCGUCAUUUUUUAACUCGAUGUCGGAGAUUGCUUCAUGCAGUUAUGAAGCCCGAGCUGCUGGUGUUCGCAAUGGAAUGUUCCUGGGUCCAGCUCGUAAACUGUGUCCCGACAUCCACUGCGUUCCUUAUCAGUUUGAGGACUAUCGGCAAGUAUCA